AUGGAUUUUGGAAGGAAAAAUACUCAAAAGUACACUUUCAAGAGUCCUAAGUUAGAAGAUCUAAGGAGAUUGGGAUCCUUGGUUGUUGACACAGAGGCUUUCAGCAAAAGAUAUGGACAUUUUCUCUCUCUUUUGAAGAUCUACUUGGCAUAUGGACUUCUUUCUACUUUGAUUCAGUUUUAUGAUCCCGUGUAUCACUGUUUCACUUUCCCCGACUAUCAGCUUAUGCCAACACUGGAAGAAUACUCUAAUUUGAUUGGUCUUCCUAUUUCUAAUCAAGCUCCAUUUUCGGGUUUGGAGGAAGAUCCCAAAUAUCAAGACAUUGCAAAGGUUACUCACUUGAAAAUGUCAGAGAUCAGGGAUCACAUGACCACAAAAGGAAAAAUGCUUGGCUUGAUAGCUAAGUUUCUAAUGAAUAAAGCUCAGUAUUUUUCUAGAAUGAGGAGUGUGGAUGCGUUUGAGGCUAUUUUUGCUCUACUUAUCUAUGGAUUAUUCCUCUUUCCUAGUUUUGAUGACUUCGUUGCCAUGGAUGCCAUCAAGAUCUUCUUAAUAGGAAAUCCAGUUCCUACUUUGCUUGCUGAUGCCUAUCAUUCUGUUCAUAUGAGGAAUUCUUAUAGCAGAGGAAUAAUUACAUGUUGCGUGCCUAUGUUAUACAAGUGA